GGCGGGCGGAGGAAGGAACGGAGGAAGGGAGGGCAGCAAGCAGAGGCAGCUCACCGGAUCCUCCAUGAGGGAAGAGGCCAGGGACAGCUAGCCACACAGCCAGACAGCCAGUCCCGGCUUCUCCUUCUCAUCUCUGACAUAUUCCUCGUUUCGCUUUUGCGAACCAGGCCCGAGCUAGGGGCCGCUUUGGGCAUCGUAGGAUGUCCCGUCAUGAAGGCGUGAGCUGCGAUGCGUGUUUGAAGGGCAACUUCCGGGGCCGCCGCUACAAAUGUUUAAUCUGCUACGACUACGACCUGUGCGCGUCGUGCUACGAGAGCGGCGCCACCACCACCAGACACACCACGGAGCACCCCGUGCAGUGUAUAUUGACACGGGUCGACUUUGACUUGUAUUACGGCGGAGAGGCCUUCUCGGUGGAGCAGCCCCAGGCCUUCACGUGUCCCUACUGUGGCAGAAUGGGCUACACGGAGAUGUCCCUGCAGGAGCACGUGGCCGCCGAGCACACGGAGACUUCCACAGAAGUGAUCUGCCCCAUAUGCGCGGCGCUGCCCGGCGGAGACCCCAAUCACGUGACGGACGAUUUUGCCGCCCACCUUACACUUGAACACAGAGCACCCAGAGAUAUGGACGAGUCGAGCGGCGUGCGGCACGUGAGGCGGAUGUUCCAUCCCGGGCGCGGACUGGGCGGCCCCCGCGCCCGCAGGUCCAACAUGCACUUCACCAGCAACACAGGCGGGGGGCUCUCCACCAGUCAGAACUCUUCCUCUCAAAGUUCCAAUUACAGCCGGGAGGCCAUGGACCCCAUCGCAGAGCUAUUAUCGCAGCUGUCGGGCGUGCGGCGCUCGACGGGCGGCCAGCUCAGCUCGGGCCCGUCGGCCUCGCAGCUGCAGCAGCUCCAGAUGCAGCUCCAGCUCGAGCGGCAGCAGGCGCAGGCGGCGCGGCAGCAACUGGAGACGGCGCGCAACGCCACGCGCGGCGGCGGGCGCGCCAACGCCAUCCUCAAUGCCAACUCAGCCGCUGCCAACAACCCCAACCUGAGCGCCAACAGCAACGGCGGGCUUUCGGAGAGCCUCGCCCAGCACACGGCGCACAGCUCGCACUUUCUACUCAGCAGGCUGAGCGAAGCACGCGUGUCCGAGGCGGAGCGUCAAGCGUGCGAGGCGCAAUGGGCGGACAGAAGCUUGUUUGUGACGGAGCUGCUGCUGUCCACGCUUCUGGCAGACCACCACCAAAUGGACGACGACGCCACCGCCGACCACCGCCGCCGUCGUUGCCGUCCCGGGUCGCUGCGAAACUUGCUCGACUUCCAGUCCAUGGGCUGCGUGGAGGUGAUGACGCUGGACGUGGCGCUGGAGAACCUCAACCUCAAAGAGAGCAAUCCCGCCGCCACUCCUGCCAAGAAAGAGCCCCCCUCUCCGUCCCUUUGAUGGAGCAAAAAGACUGCAACCCCCCCCCCCCCCCCCCCCUUUUUUUUUGUUUUUUACUCCUCUCUGAUUUUGUCAUUUCAGCCCCCCCCACGUCCGUGCGUACGUGAAAUACGAGUUAGACGAGUGAAUGUGACAAAGAAAUAUAUAAAUCUAUUAUUAAAAAAAAAAAAAAAAAAGCAAAAACAAAUCUACAUGAAAGCUGAUAAUCACUUAACUCACACGCUGGCCAUGAAAGGUGCCCCCCCCCCCCCCCAAAAAACAGCCAACCCCCUGCUGUUACAAGCUAAUACGCAUGAUCAAGCUUCAUGUACACACACUCUGAUUGACAGCCGCACCCGUGUCCCAUCUUCUUGUAUCACGUGGCUUUCCAAUGACUGGACACACUACAAGACUUUUUAUCAAACACAACCAUUCACUUGGACCUUUUUUUUUUUUUUUUUUUUGCGUGUGCGGUCUCCACGCCUCGUAAAUGCAAAGAGGACCACAAAGGAAGUGAAGCGGGGAAAGAAAUCCUGUAUGCUCUUUUCUUUUUUUUUUUCCCAGCUAACUUUUCUCCUCGCUCCAAUGGAAGUGUGCCAGGCCUCAUGAAGAAGACGUGCAAUGUAUGAACUUGCGGGCUCAGUCGACCUUUCAGUGUGGACCACAAUAAACUUGUUUUGGAUGGAAAUCAACUAA